AUGCAAGUCCUCAAGAAGGCCUGCGCGGGCAUCCGAGGCCUCCACCCCGUCGUCAAAAUCCUCAUCUGCGGCGCAAUCGGGCUCGGCGCCGGCCUCGCGCUAGCCUUUACCAACAGCGAGCCGUCUCCAACGUGGCGUGCGGAGUUUCUCCUCUACCUUCGUGCGCUCUCCGCAAUGGUCGGCCCGCUCGUCUUUUGCUCGGUUGUGCUCGGAUUCGCAGCCCUGGGAGAGAUUGGCGCCAGCGGUGGCAAGAUCAUGAGGGCAGCCUUCGGUCUCUACGGCAUCUUCCUCACCCUCAUCACUCGGCCAGCAUGGGACACGACCGACCAAGGCUCGAACCGAGUCCUCGUGUCUCCCCCCGCCGUCCCGUAUGAUGCUAAGGACCGGCGCGUGACCCUCGGAUACAAGGACGGCGUCUGGUGCUGCCCGCCGGGCGAGGCGGUGGCGGGCGCCUACCGCUUCACCGCGGCGGAGGCGGCGCGCGUGGACGUGCUCUUCGAGGGCGCCCCCUCCGCUGUCCGCGUGACGGAGCUGUCCUACUACUACCCGGGCAUGGUCACCUUUGACUUGCCCGACGCCGUCAGCGGCGGCGGCGACCAGCGGGACGUGUUGGCGGGCCGCACCAACCUGACGCUGUACGAUGCGGGAGGCGACGUCGUCCUCUCCUCCGGCCUCGAGGUGACCGGAGGCUCGUCGAGCGAGCGCGGCGCCAUCUCGGUCUCGCUCGGGCUGCUCUACGACGUCUCGCUCGAGGGGCUGCUCUACGACGUGGUGCCGGACAACCUGGUCGGCAUCUUCUACGGGCCGGGCGGCUCCGCCUCCCUCCUCUCGAUCAUCUCCUUUGGGAUCGCCUUUGCGCUCGCCGCGCUCAUCCAAGGACGCACACCGGGCUCCACGAGCCUCGUCCUCCCCUUCCUGCAAGAGUUCCUCGACACCCUCAUGCACAUCAUCCUCGGCGUCGUCGCGCUCACGCCGGUCGCCGUCGGCUCGCUCAUCCUGCAGGCGGUCGGCCAAAACAGCAGCGACGAGCUGGCCGAGGCCAUGUCGUCGCUCGGCAUCGUCGUGGCGUGCAUCCUCGCGGCGAACCUCUUCCACACCGUCGCCGUGCUGCCCUCGCUCGUGUACUGCGCGAGCCGGCGAAACCCGUACGCCCACCUCAGGGGGAUGCUGCGCGCGGCGGGCGUGGCGGCGGGCUCCUCCUCCUCCGCCGUCACGCUGCCGGUGACGAUGGAGUGCUGCGAGGGGCUCGGAUACGACCCCGCCAUCUCGCGCCUCUCGCUCGGCUGCACAAUCUCGAUGGACGGCGCGGCGGUGCUGAUGUCGGCGGUCACCAUCUGGCUCGGCGUCAUGGCGGGACAGACAUUCACCGCCGCCAAGGUGCUCGUCCUCCUCCUCAUCGUCGUCCUUUCUUCGAUGGGCGCCUCGCCCACGCCCGGUAUCAUACCCACGAUCAUACUGAUCUUCGGCGCGGUCUACGGCACCGCGGAGAUCGCGUACGUCGCCGCGGUCGACUGGCUCAUCGACCGUUCCGCGACGGUGACCAACGUGCUCUCCGACUCGUUUGUGGUCUGCAUCCUAGACAAGUGGUUCGGCGCCGCUGCGGUAAGUGGUUCGGCAGAGGCGGAGGCCCGGGGACCCUCCUCGGCCGGUGCCUUCGUGAGCCUCGCUGGAUUCGGGGCGGUUCGCGCCGAGGCAGCCACAGCCACCAAGAGCGUGCUCGCCGACUUCUUCGCCCUCCACACGUCGCUCUCCAGCCCGCUGCCGCUGUGGCGGCGGCAGCGGCGCGUCAUUUCCGGCGGCUCUGCCACCACCGCCACGGUGGAGGCGGAGGCGUUGGACUUGGCGGAGCCGGAGGCGACAGAUGGGGCAGUGGCGCCAGAGAACACCCGCGACUUCUCCCAUAGCCGCGGGGCGUGAAACACGCCGUGGCGUGCUCUUAUCGCGAGCGUACCUUAACCUAGGGUCAUGUCUUUGCACCCACGGUGGUGGGCUGCACUGGUUGCAGGCCAGCUCAUGCAUGGCGAUGCAUGGCGAGCAGGCGAUGAUGCUUGCGUAGCGGGUUGUUGCGCAUGUUGGCGAGUGUGUGCAUGUGCAUGUGCAUGCACAUGUGGCAUGUGUCAAAUCGAACGCCUUUCCGCAA